CCUACCCCAAACCCUCCAUCACCGUCAGCCCCGGUGGGGUGAUCCCCAUGGGGGGAAACGUCACCAUCCGGUGUUGGCUUCACCUCAAGAACAUGAGGAUCGUCCUCUACAAGGAUGGAGCUGGGAACUAUCUGACUUACACAGACCCUGCCGGCUCUGAGGGUGAAUUUCCCAUCACCAGGGCCAGACGGGAACACGGGGGCAGCUACACCUGUCGUUAUAGCGACAGAACAGGACCAGCUACCCACUCGGAGCCCAGCGACCCUGUGCAGAUCAUUGUAGCAGCCCCCACAGACGCUGGUUCUAGUCCCGCAGGGGGAACCGACUCGAUCCAGUCUGAAGCGGCGCCGACUCCCACCCGCCAGGGCAGCGCGGUGCCAGGCGGAUCGGAGCCACCAGGUCUGACCAGCCCCAUCAUCGCUGGGGCGAGCGCAGCAGCCGCCGUCCUCCUCCUGCUUCUCCUCCUCAUGGUCUUCGUCUGUUUCAAAAAAACCCGAGCCAGAAAAGGAGCCACAUCGAGACCGACCAGCACCAGCCCUAUGGGGGCAUUAAAGCCACCGGCUCAGCAAGACUCCUCCUACGACUCCAUCGACAAAGGGAAACAACCGCAGACCCUGCCCCAGGAGCCCAACCCCGAUGGACUCACCUACGCCGAGCUGAACCACCAGCCACUGCAGGCCAAGCCGGGGGACCCGGCCGCAGCCCCCCAGCCCGCUCAGCCCGGUGUUUAUGCCGCGAUCAAUGUGAGCCGGGGGGCCCCGCAGUGAGAGCCCCCCGCAGCCACGGGGCACCGGCCCCCAGGAGGCAACAGACAGGGCCGGCUCGAACUUCUUUGCAGUCCCAAGCAAAAAAAAAAAAAAGAGCUGCCGCCCCCCCCGGAGCACCACCCCACCGAACC